UUUUUUUUCUUUUUUUUAAUAUUUAUUCCUUGUGAAGGAGAGGAAGGAAAAGAAAGAAAUCUGUCCAUUUUCGUUGUCUUAGGAAAUUGGGAGGAGAAGGCAAGAAUGGAAGCAUUGACCAUGCAUUUAGAAGACUUUGAAAACUCCGAAACAGCCUCGAUUAUGAAGGAGAUUUCUCAUUUGAUCUCUUCUUCGACUUAUUUCUCUCUCUUUCUUUUUCAUUAUUGACUUUGAUAUGAUCAAAACAGUAUAUCAAAGCAGCGGCGGCGACUCUUUUCUUCAUUUUCUUGAAAUUUUCAAAUCGACCAAGAUCGGUUUUGGACUCAACUAGGAGUUUUUCAGCAAAAAGUAACCGACACAGACCGGUUUGGACUCAACUAAGAUAACCCAUCAAGAAUUUCCAGUUGAGAAAUAGAGAAAACCAAGUACUUGAAGAGGACCCUUGGUAUCUAUUACAGCAAUCCAUAUUGAGCUUUUUUGUAUACAAUUAAGGAGAAAAAGGCCUAAGUAAAGAUCUCGAGGUUUCAGAUUUUGAAGUCUUUUAAAGUUUCUGGAGAUGGCUAGCGUCCAAGAUCAACUAGAAAUCAAGUUUAGAUUGAUUGACGGAUCAGAUAUUGGACCUAAAACCUUUCCUGCUGCAACCAGUGUUUCAACCUUGAAGGAAAGUGUUCUUGCUCAGUGGCCUAAAGAGAAGGAGAAUGGUCCAAGGACAAUGAAAGAUGUCAAGCUAAUUAGUGCGGGAAAAAUACUGGAGAAUAACAAAACAUUGGGAGAAUGCCAGAGCCCUCUUUGCAGUAUUCCUGGUGGGGUGACGACUAUGCAUGUCAUUGUUCAACCUCCUCUGGAGAAAGAGAAGAAAGCAAUAAGCCAACCGAAGCAGAACAAAUGUUUGUGUGUCAUAUUAUAAUCUGCAACCUGAAAGGGGACAACAUAAUUUUCAGGUGGUCCGUUAAUUUUAUGUCAUUCAGACUCUUCAUUUUUUCCUCAAGUAGUUAUAAUUGACGCCUAUGUUCAACAUGUAAUUGAGCAUACCCUUGUCGGAGUCACGCCCUAGUACUCUAGACCAAGUUACAUGCAAACAAAUUUUCCUCAGAUGAAGAGUGUCGAAACUGAAGUUGCGGAUCGAUGAUGGUGGUUGGCAAUGGCAUCAUGCACAGUAAUCAUAUAGGUCAUAUGAUUGUUUCGUUUUGUUUUGUUUUUUUCCUUCUGCUGGUCUAUGCCCUACAAGUUAUAUGUGUAAUUGAUGAUUGUCCAUCCAUUUUGUUCACUUUGUUCUAUUUUCACAUAAAUUGUACUCUGCUGCUAUCAAGCAACUUAAUCUCGGAUUUCAUGUCCAAAUACAUCUCAUAGGAUGCGUUUUCACGGAGUUUUUAUGUUUCAGAAUCAUCUUCCCUUGUAUAGUACAUUACCAUUUCUUUUUGAUAGUGUAACCCGACUCGGAACUCGAAUUUGUGUCUUUGUUCAUAGUUUUACCAAGAAUAAAUGUUGUGAGAGUUUGAGAUGGA